UAUGUAUGUUGUUAUUCUAUACAAGAGUUUAAAGUGGCAAUAGCUCGGUUAAUAAACUGCUUUUAAAGUUUCAUAGCGUUAUAAUUCUUUUUUUGCCACAUUUAUUUUGAAAAUGCCUCUCCCGGAAAUUCUGGUUCUGUUAUUGCAGAGAUUCGGAGCACAGCUGUUUGGGACAGAACAGCCCACACUUAGGGCUCAGGUAUCACUUUGUUGCACUGUGUGUGUCCCCCACCCCGUUCCUUCGGCCACAGCUUCUCGCGGUCCUCGCGCUGCUCCUGUUCGGUGUCUCGUGCCGUUUCUCCUUUUCUUGGUGCGCGUACAAGAGGAUGGUUCUGUCAACAUCACAACAAGUCGCCCUGGCGUUCACAGCCGUGCUGUUCACGUUCGUCGUGCUGCCCAAGAUUUUCGGCGUCGGCGGGACUGGGGCGAAGGAGACGAGAUUUGACCCCCGCUACGCCAAGAAAGCAGCAGGCCCGGGCGCGGUGAGGGGUCAGCCCGCCAACCCGAACGACCCCGGCUCAUCUCAGACCGCCGAGAACAUGCAGCAGAUGAAGAAGCUGAUGGAGCAAGAGCUGAAGAGCGACAAGUUCAAGUCCAACAGCAACAAGGGCUACGUGUUCACGCUGAUGCCCCUCUACGCCAUCGGAGUCGGGGUGUUUGCAGCCUACAAGUUUUUGAAGAUCAAGUCUGCAGACGAGAAGGCACAGAAGGAAAAGUUUGCCAAGGGAGCCAAAAAGUCUGUGGAAGCAGAGAACCAGUUGAACGAGCUGGAACAAAGACUGGCGCAGACGGAGAGGAUGCUGAAUUCCAUCCUCACGCAGCUGGACCCGCUCACUAACUGUGUGAAGUCGGUGGCCCAGGAUCAAAAGAACGAGAUCAUGUCUCAACUCCAGACCAUCCGGUACCUGAUGAAGAAGAGGGGGAUGGACUGUCCUCCCCUGAACGAGGCGUCCUGCGAGCGCAACCUGGACGACCUCAUCGAGUCGCUCGGAGCCGGCGACGCCAUGGAAGCUUCUCUCGAGGACGAGCAGACCUCUCCAGGGACAGCAGGGGCCAAGAGAGUCUUCUCGAAGCGCUCGGAAGCGGAAGACGAAGCCGCAACGGAAGGAGAAGAGAUGAAGGAGCUCGUACCAGAGGAGUCGGAAGAGGAAGAUGGGAAUGUAGAGGAGGAGGAUAAUAAAGAGGGGGUGGAAGGAUCGGAGGGCUCUGAGCUCAUGCCUUCGCUAGAGGACUCGUAUGAGACUAACAUUGAGGAGGUUGGAGCGGAGCAGCUGGGGUCCGGCCUCAGGCGACGCAACAGGCCUGACUGAACUCACUGCACUGCACAGAGAUGUGACGGAUUACUAUUGAUAUUUAUUACCUGAAAGGCUUUCAUUCCAAAAAGCUGUCUGCAUAACCACCAAACAACAUAUGUAUAUUAACCUCUCGAGGGAAGCUCGCCAACAGCAAACACAUGGGGCUCUAUUUUCCUGUCGGAACCAGCACGAACAUAUAUAUGUGUGUGUGUGUGCGUGUGUGUGUGUGUUACGUGUGAAACACAUGGCGCCAAAAUCUUUCCUCGAGGCCAUCAGUGAUGGGUUUGUUGGAGCACUGAGGCUUUAAUGCCAGCUGCGUUGAAGGCGUUCACUUGGAUCAACACGCUGUGCACAUAUGCCGCAUUUCCACUGCCUGGUACCACACUACAAUACCAAUGAUUGGUUGGAGAGAAUCGCCACGGGACGUCCUGCACACACCCGCCAUGCUACGGUCAAUGGCGAACCCAUCCCUACUCGUCCUCCCCAUUUAGUAAGCUCUUGUUCCCUAUAUGGAAGCAUCUGUAUUUUUCAUGUUUCCCACCACAUUUAUCAAGAUUGUUCCUUUUGUAAUGUGUCACUCAUCAUCAUAAUAAUAAUAAUAACUUGAUUUGUAGCAGUGAGGGAUGACUGAUGCAUAUUACCCUCACACAAAGACGUGGACGCGGUCUGAUGCAUGCAUGGACUUGCAACAUAUUCUCACCAUACUUUGUGCUUUUAUUAAUAGCAGUUUGUAGAGAAAACACUGUUUUUGGGCGUUCAUGUAGUUUUUUUUUUUUUGUUCUUUUCUUCUGACCUCGGACUAGCACUGCACAGUUCUACAGGUUUGAGUCCUUUACUUUCCUGUCGUCAGUCAUCGUUUGCAACACUGUUUCUCACCUUUUUGAAACUUGCCUGAUUUGUACUGUCUUUGGUUUAGGUUUGCACCUGCUUGAAUGCCAAAAGUGUAUAAUCUACAUGACAUGAGGUGGCGUUCGAUGGCCAUCGAUGAUUUGAUCCUUUCCCAUCACGUUUUCUCAUGGUGGGCAACCUGUCAAACACAUUCAAAUGCAGCUCAACGACUGUCUUACUGGGACACCGUCAUGGAACAAAACCACUGUUCAUGUCAUUGGUUCCACCUGUGGGUUCCCUGCUGUGACAAACACACACACACACACGUCUGCAACCACCAUGAUUAAUGCCACAGGGCAUCCUCUUGGAAGUCUCCACAGAAUCUGCUUCUCCGUUUGGUCUUCUACUUGUUGCAUCCUAAGCCUGAACCAAAAUUGCAUAGGGGAUAUUGAAAUAAUGUUGUUUUCCUAUUUAAUUAAUGCAUACUGAUACAUAAUUAGUUUUUAAUCAUAGAAGGAUGUUGCUGGAUGUGAUGAGUUUAUUUAGACUGCAGAAUAUUCUAAUGUACAUUGUAGAAGUUUGAACUCUGACUUGCGGCAUGCCGUCAUACAUCUAAACAUAACUGCAUGUUUUCAUUUUUUAAUCACUGCAUGGUGUUUUCAUUUAUUUAUUCAAGAGUGUUUUUGGGGAUGUUUGUUGGACGCCAAUAUUGCAGAAAGGAAUCGGUUAUCACUUUGCUUUAUAUUGCAAUCGUUUUUUAAUUGUGACUUUGAAACCCUAGCGAGAGGUCACUGUACUUAUGUAACACACAUCCAGCUACAAUCAGGGUGCUUCUCUAAAUAUCCAAGUUCAAUGAAAACAUUAAAUUCCCAAUUUAAAUGGAAAAAUGAAAAGAAACUAAUUUGUGUUGGUCAGUUUAUACCCAACAGCACAGUCAUGACUGAACUGUACAUGAAUUAUGGUCAGUAAUGUCAGUAUGUAUGAUGGUUUUUGAUAUCACAUGUCCCGGUCUGUUACAGAUUAGGACUGCACAGUUUCAUUUAACCAGUACAUGAUGAUGCAAUAAAAUUGGCUAAAUGUUUGGUCAUGUUUUUAAAAAUGAGAAGGCCUUGUAGUAUCGCAGUUAUUGUCUCAUAAUAUAAGAUUAUAUUAUAUUAUAUUAUAUAUAUUUAUAUUGUGAAGCCCACAGAUCAUUGCCCAGAUAUGUGGUUGGUUUCAUAUCUUCACUGGUUUCCUGAAUUUGACACUAAAGGUUUACACAUCUUGCCACAUCUUAGGAUCCACAAAUAUUUGCCUUAAUUUAUUUUGUAAAAUGUUUUGUACCACUUCUCCCCUUUUGUGCAUACUGUAGUUACAGUUCCCUGUUGAAUGUUGUGAGGUUCAUGUGGGGGGUGA